UUUUAAGAAUUUUGUAAACAAAAUAGUAUGUUAAAAAGAUAAUAUGAACUUUCUAAAUAUCUUUGUAUUAAACGCAAUGUAAUUGUUGUAUUAUAUGGUUGGUUAGUAGUUACGAAAUUUGAAAAAUUAUUGUAAGUGCUAAUUAAUUUUGAGUUUACAUUCCAUUCUAAACAUAAGACAAAAUGAAUAAAGAAAACGAAGGCGCUCCCCACAAACGCUCUAAAAUUGAAGAAAAUGAUAACCAACGCUAUUAUGAUCAAGAUUCUGAUUACUGGCCGGAUUCAGAUAACGAUACCGAAGAAGAUUCUCCAUCUUCAUUGCUACCCUCAAUAGGUGACACUCCACUUUCUCCAAUCAAAAAUGAAAUCCAUGCGGCUAGCAGGAGAUGUAGAGAAAACUCCGGUGAAAGCACAACAUCAAGGACAAGGGGUAGGGGUCGAAGAAAUACCUCAUCAUCACCAGCCCAGCAUGUCCCCGAACCUUCCACAGAGAGAGUAUUUGUGUGGGACCUGGAUGAAACUAUUAUUAUAUUCCACUCCCUGCUAACGGGGACCUAUGCUACUAAGUACAAUAAAGACACACAGCAUAUAAUACAGCUAGGUUUUAGGAUGGAAGAGAUGAUUUUCAGCUUGGCUGACACACAUUUCUUCUUCAAUGAUGUUGAGGACUGUGACCAGGAGCACAUAGACGCGGUAGCGGCUGAUGACAACGGGCAAGACCUCUCGGCGUAUAACUUUGCAUCUGACGGGUUCCACGCCGGCGCCGCACCUGCUGCUGGCUUAUGUGCCCCUGGUGUUCGCGGCGGAGUGGAUUGGAUGCGGAAACUAGCUUUCAGAUAUAGGAAAAUUAAAGAUACCUACAAUAAUUAUAGAAAUAGUGUGGGUGGCCUACUUGGACCAGCGAAACGUGAACAAUGGCUACAACUGCGAGCUGAGUUAGAGCAGGCCACGGAUAACUGGUUGACGCUUGCCUGUAAAUGCCUUAAUAUGAUUAAUUCUAGGGAGAACUGUGUUAAUGUUCUAGUGACAACGACACAGCUGGUUCCUGCACUGGCCAAAGUUCUGCUUUUCGGUCUGGGCGGGGUUUUUCCCAUCGAGAAUAUCUACUCAGCCACGAAGACCGGUAAAGAAACAUGUUUCGAGAAAAUAAAACAGCGGUUCGGUGAACGUUGCACGUAUGUGGUGAUCGGAGAUGGACAGGAUGAAGAGGCGGCCGCCAAAGCCAAGAAUUAUCCCUUCUGGAGGAUAUCCGGCCACUCAGACAUAGCGGCGCUCUACAACGCGCUUGACAUGGGCUUCUUAUGAUCUGCUGCUCGCCUGGUACUUGCAAUCUUUGUCGUACUCAAAACCAACAGAGUUCUCGAUGAUCCCGCCAAAUUAUUUAAGAUCUGCUGCAGCUAAUUUAGCUGUGCACUAGUUAGUAUAAAUUAUCGAACUUAAUUCGCUUCAUUUUGAAUACUCUUAUGAACUGCUGUUAGCCUGGUAAGCACUAGGUGUCGUUCCUUUAACCAAGCAAGUUCUUGCAAGAUUUUGCCACUGAACCAAACACGUUCUUCAAAUUCCAGCCAAGUUAUUUAAGUAUUACGUAUUUAAUAUUUACAAACUGUGCAGUGUUAGUACAUAGUAGAUCUCUCGACCUUAAAUAGUCUGUAUUAAUUUCUUAUUAUACGCUGUUUGCCUGGUAAGCAGCAUCCGUGUAAAAAUGCAUUUUAUCAAUAUAAACUUAUUUUGUUCUCAUUAAGUUUAUUAAAAUUUCAUUAUUCUGUUAGUUCUUUAUUAUUAAAAAGCUGUUAACGACAGUAUGUGAAAUUAUUUAUGGUUAAACUCAUUUUCAAGACCUAGAAAAACCUUUCAAUAGGCUUAGACGAAAUGUUUUUAUAUUUUUAAACCACCGCUCUGUGUGAUGGAGCCUUAAUUGUGUACCAUAAUAUUUUAUAAUUGAUCAUUUUCUUCUAUAGUUAAAACGAGACACUGUUGAGUAACAUAUCCUAAAAGUACAUCAAUUUCAAGUGCUUCGUAUAAAGCUCAAACGUAGCUCAAAAUUAUCUCAAAUGUAUAUAGAAAAUAUAUAGAUUGUCUAGUUUUACGUCAUUAAUUCCUAUACAGUAAAUGAUGAAGUAUUGUUAUAUCAUAAAAAAUUUGCAUAUUCAUGUGAUUCAAAUAGGGUCAAUUUUUUUUAAUAAGCCUCAUUAAUGAGGUCACAUAUAUGCCUAAAUCAAUCUUUUUAACUAAUUGACGUAAAUGUCUAAUGCUCGUUUUUUGUUGCCUUUUACGUCAUACGUAAACCGUCAAAAUGGCUGGCGUUGAACGCGAAACGAUUGGACUAUUUUUAAAUUGCUUUAAUACUUUAAGUUACUUUAAUAAUGUUAAAAGAUCGAAUAAAAAUAUUUAAAAAACAUGCAUAUUCUACAUAAUUCUGGAUCGUUACGAUUUUGACAAUAAUCUAUUCCUUCGUGUUAAAAAUAUCCGAGAAUAUUUGAGAAAUCUCCUAAAAAUACCUGAAAGGCUCGGGUUAAAAUUAUCAUCAAGGGAACACAGUAAUUACAUAAAAGAGCACCCUUUUUUACAGGAACUAAUAAUUUUAACUUAAUUAUUUGCAAAUACUUCAAUUUAUUAUUAUAAAAAUCUCGUGGAGGUUUAAACAAAUCAACCUUUAUAUAAAAUCAGCUCUGCUUAACAAUACUUCAUCUGGGUAAUAUAAAAUAUUUUAAGGUUUUUUUACACUAUGUACAUAUGUUUAUUGAAUUAUAAAAAGCUUAUUUUACUAUGUAACUGGAUCCACGAUUAUUUAUAGCAACACUCUGGUCGUGAAGCACAAAUAAUGUCGGCCAUUGACAUUUCACUAAAGCUAUCUCUAUCCCACAUCUACAAUUAUCUAUUCGUCUCGUUCACACAAGGGCGUAAGUAGGUCAACGACUUAAAUUCAAUGUGCUUCGUGACCGUAGUGUGUAUAUUUUUAUAUUUAUUAGCACAAUUUUUUUAAAUGUUUAUACGUUGGGCUAAUUUUAUAAAUUUACUUUAUAGAUCGACGGUUUAAAUUGUACAUAAUAAAUUAAAUAUGGGAUUAAGUGGUCCAUUCAAUUUGAAUAAGACCACGAUUGGUACAUAUAUUGGUACCAGCGGUAUCAUAAGUACCUACCUCUGUAAAUUUAGAACGAAUUUGAUAUUUUCUAUAAGUAAGCAUAAGUUUUUGAACUGCUGCCUAUAUUGUAAUCCAUUUAUAAAAGGUUUUGAUACCUUAUUGUACAUAUUAAGUACUCAUAAUUUUGUAUUAUCGUUUCUGACAACCUAGUACAUACAUUGAAGUAUAUAUUAUAUAAAAAUAUAUAAAUAAACAAAAACAAUACAAAUUUUGUGAUGGACAAUAUAUUAGCAGUUAAUGCAACUUGCACGCGAGGCCAUUUUUAAAGUUUUGAAAUUAGAAUAAAAUGAGAGUAGUAUCGCCGAUAUAGCGGUCUUGCUCACACUUUCUGUUAAUUAGAAAAUAAAGAGCAAAUAAACCUGGAAUUGUAAAAGGAACGUCAAACAUUAAUUUCUGUAAGUAUCAAUAGUAGGCCGCCUCAUUUUUUUAAAAUAAUUACAACUCUUUUCUGAACAAGGCCUUAAAUAUUGUUUUCUUUUUAGCUUCGUGCGCUAGUUGCGUUGACAGCUAGUGGAUCUUAAUGUUGAAAACAGCACAAUAAUAUUUUAUAAGUUUUACCUUUUUUGAAUAUUUUUAACUGAUUUUUUGGGGUCAAAAGAUGCAGUUCAGUACGAAUCGUAAGACUGCAAUGUAUGCAAAUAUAGGUCUUAGUGGUGGCGUGCACUAGUUUUGUCUAGAGUCUUGGCCUAUACAAACAGUAUUUUUUUAUUUAUCCCACAUGAUUGAUACAAUCUCCUAUUGAAAGUGAGAUUAGAUUUUACCACCCAUACUUCACAGGCAUGUUAGUUUCUUGAAGCAACCAGGGGACUUUCAGCCUUUUAUAUUCACCAUUCUGUAUACUUUACUUGAUUUUGAAGUCUAUUAAAAAAGUGCGGCAUUACUUUAACACCCAACACAAUGUAAUUUCUAAAUCAUAAUUUUUAGUAGAUCUAUAUAUAUAAAAGAGAUUUCCACGUACAUAGUCACUCAUCAUUAUAUAUCUGGAACCAUUAGAGCUAAAGACUUGAAAUUUGGUAGGAAUAUUCUUUUUACCGAGUAGAGGCCAGCUAAGAACGGAUCUUACGAAAUUCCAAGUUUUUUUAUAUUAUGAACAGAACAACGUCUGUCGGGUCAGCUAGUUAAUGAAGCGGCGCAAGAAACUAAGCAUUCUUUUUUUUGCGCUCUUUUUAAUAAAAUGUACAAUAUUGUACUGUCAUUGUUAUUGCUAUAAAAUAUUCAUAAUCUAGUACCAGGCUGUUCGAUCACUUAGAUAUUCAGCUGUGGAGUAGUAGGAUUUAACAAAUUAAUUCAUAAUACGUUUAGACUGCUUUAUCACGUUUAAAACAUUAUUGACCAAUAAGCAUUUACUCGGUUCAUGUUUUAUUCGGACACUGACAGUUGACACACGUCUAGCAGCGUACAUACAUUGUCUAUGAGCACACUAUUGCCGUUCUGCUAUGAGACUGCGAAUAAUAUGUCCUUAAUGUGUAUAGAACGUCAUUGGUUUUAGCAGUUAAUGUGUUCACAAAAGUAUUUUGACUAGCCCCUUAAGAUAAAAGCUGCUAUAGAGCCAUGCUAAGACCUAUUUUCGAAUGCGUUGAUCAAACUUUUUUAUUGACAGGUGUACUGACAAACUGACAUUGACAUAUGUCAAAUUGAAUUUAAAAUGCUUGAGCAUCUCAAUGGUCUGCGUAUAUUUCUUAUUAUUAUAUAAGGUCCACACAGAACAACUUUACUUUGAUAUUUCUAUAUCUUUUUUUAAAAGGAAGCGCUAUUGGUACGAGAAAUAUUUUAGUUGGAAUGUCUUUAAGAAAUUGUAGCAAUAUUUAUGAAAUAUUAUUCUAUUGGAAUGUAAAUAUGAAUGUAAUUAGACAAUAUGGUCCGAUGCGAUUGUUCGAAUUGUAAAUAAAAUUAUAUAAUUCAAUAUUAA